CCAUAGGUUUAGUGGUCAACGAACGGCAAAGUGUCAUGGCGGCAGGCGGAGCAAAACAGUGAAGAUGGUGACUGCCAGGUUCAAGGCGUCGCUGCCCCUGCUGCUGCUGCUGCUGCUGGCCGCUGCCGUGCUGCGGGUGGACGCGAGGAAGCACAAGCUGGAGAUCAAGAAUGACAAGCGGCCGUACUUCCCCAUCAGCACCUUCGGGUUCUACCGCCUCGGCCACCUGGUGGUUGACGUGCACAAGUUCAAGAUUACACCCAAGGAUGCCGACCAGAAGGUUGGCUUCAUCCUGGAGAAGAUUGCCAACUCCUACACUGAGAGCCGCCCAGAAAAGUGCCAGCUGCUUAACCUCCAACGCAAUGACAAGCUGGUGCAACACGUCUUCUUUGUGUUCGACCUGAAGCACAAGCAGGUUUACCUCAACUGUAGUGACGAGAUGGCCCAGCUGCAUGUGUUGAACAGCACAGAGAACCUCGGGGAGAUGGAGAAGGUGGAGGAGCUGGCCAAGUUCAAGGACAAGUACCUCUUCAAUAAAAAGGUGGAGCGACAUAGGAGGGAUGUUAUCGACGAUGAACCACCAGCCGACUCUUCCAUCCCCACCACCACCGUGGCCGCCGUCAAGGGGCCCACAGGAGACCUGUUCAACCAGAAGUGCAAUGACGUCAAGAUCAACAUGACUACAGAUGGGGAGUACUACAGCUUCAAGUUUGUGGUGUAUGUGGCACGGGAGAAGGAGGAAGGACUCUACAACCUAAACUUCCACAACUGCAUGAACUACGGCCCCAACCCGACAACCUCUGCCAUCGACAUGUUCCUGGAGAUCGAGGAGAUGAACCCUGAUGACAACUACCUCUCAGCCGGGGAGAUGCCGCUCCCAGCCCUCUACUUCAUGAUGGCUCUCCUGUUCUUCCUCUCUGCCUGCUUCUGGUUCUUCCUUCUCAAGAAAAGCAGGGACCCCGUCUUCAAGAUCCACUACCUGAUGGGGGUGCUGGUGGUGAUCAAGUCCUUCAGCCUGCUCUUCCACGGCGUCAACUACCACAUGAUUCAGACUCACGGGGUGCACAUGGAGGCCUGGGCCGUCAUGUACUACAUCAUGCACCUGCUGAAGGGCGCGCUGCUCUUCACCGUGCUGGCCCUCAUCGGCUCUGGGUGGGCCUUCAUCAAGCAUGUUUUGUCCAGCAAGGAGCGAAAGAUCUUCAUCAUCAUCAUUCCUCUCCAGAUCAUCGCCAACACCGCCACCAUCAUCGUGGAGGAGACGGAGGAGUCCAACAAGGACCAUGCACAAUGGGUGACGCUGCUCUUCGUGAUUGACUUCCUCUGCUGUGGUGCCAUCCUGCUGCCUGUGGUCUGGUCCAUCAAGCAUCUUCAGGAGGCCUCCCAGACAGACGGCAAGGCGGCCGUGAACCUGAGGAAGCUGAAGCUGUUCCGCCACUUCUACAUCAUGAUCGUCUGCUACAUCUACUUUACACGGAUCAUAGUUUACCUGCUGAGGAUCACGGUGCCUUUCCAGUACGAGUGGCUGGAUGACAUGUUCCGUGAGAUGGCCACCUACGUCUUCUUUGUCAUGACUGGCUACAAGUUCCGCCCGGCCACCAACAACCCGUACUUCCGCGUGUACGACGAGGACAAGGAGAUCGAGGAAGUGCUGACCACCACAGGCCUGACCGAGGGCAUCACACAGGUCAACCAGCAUGGCAAGCGCCAGAGCAAGGAGAACGUGGAAGUAGAGGUGUUCGAGGAUGACGAGGAGGUGAACCUGCUCAACACACAAGAGUCUUCCCACGCCUUCGACUGAAAUUAAAUCCGUGGCAGAGGUUCUUACGUCCUCUGCAGGGCGGGCACAGGCAGGCAGGCAGACAGGCUGGCUGACUGGCUGCCUGGCUCGCCACAUGACAGUUGUACAUCAGUGCAUGUUAAGGGAUGAUGGCAGACUCUUUUAGUGAGCAAUGAUGUGACACUGUCUACUAUACAAACAUUUUCAUUCUGUGGCUUUACUUCUAAUCUCUUUUUAUUUAGUUUGAUUGUUUCUCAAAUUUUUUGCUUAUAUUACCCAGGAGACUUAACACAGCAACUGCACAAGGGCCUUUGUUUCCUCCUCCCCUUCUUGCUCCAUCUGAGCAAAAAAUGGGGUAAUAGGUUACAUAUGCCAAAUACCUUUCAACUCCUUGACAAUAAUCUCAACAUAGAAAAGGCAAUACCAUUUUACAAACUUACUAAUAAUGUUUUGAGGCUUCAAAGUUGUCGUGACAUUUAUUUUCUGGAGGCUUGAUAUGUGCAGGUUCAGUCUUCUCAUUUAUGUAAAUGACCAGCAUUCCUUGAAGAAUGGGCGCCCCACCUGUGUAGGAAAGAUACAUCCAAGGAACGUCUUCCUCUCCUUGUUCCUGCUGCAGCUACAUAGUUGUCAGUCUUGUAUGCAGCUUCAGUAUGUUAUGGAACUGCCUCUUUUCUCCUUGGUUCCCUUCACUCCCCCACCCAGCUUCAUGCUCUUUAUUAAUAGGUGGAUUGAGCAAGGGACUUGCAUUUAGCAGAGGGGCAGUCAAGAUGGGUGUUUGCCCUUCUUCCUUUCCUUCAUGUCACCUCUGGAGGAAAAUAUGGAAGCCCUGACGGAGGUGUAACAUUCAGGACGGCAAACCCUACACACUCUCUGAGAGGUGUGUUGGAAGGUGUUUUCUCUCAUUAUUCAGAGUGUGGAGUGGGAAUGGCAAGAACAUGUUGGGUGUGGUGUGACAUGAUUUGAGCAAGGGCAGAGUUUGAUUUUGCCAAUUCAAUUUAACAUAUUUAGUAAAUGUUUUACCAUAUUAAUUCCUCUAUUUAUUUUAAUAUUCUUACUGUUAGUGUAGAAAGGGAUUUCAUAUUAUGACAAUAAGUAAGGAUGAACUGUGCUUUAUGAAUGAAACAUUCCCAAUAUGUAUAUGAAACCAGGAUUGUAUCGAUUAUGUGGCUGAAGGAAAAGGAUUUUUUUUUUUUUUUUUUUUUUUUUUUUUUGUUUUUGUGUGUGUGUGUGUGUGUGUGUGUGUGUGUGUGUGUGAAUAAAAGAAGAAUAUGGGUGGAUGAAAUCAUGAAGUGUGAGUGUGGUGCACAUGACGAGCAUUGGGGAGGGUUGUGUUGUGCCAUUGUCUGCAACACCUACAUUCAGAUAUUUAGUGUAGCUUUCACAAUUUAGUUCUAAUACUUCAGUGUUCAGUAUGUAUGAAUUGAUGCUUUGUCAUGUUAUAUACCUCCAUCUCAUCAUUUUUGCUAAGGUGUAAAAUAUUUGCAUGAAUAUGAACUAGAUAUAUUUACUAGUUAGUACUGUAUGUAUUCAUAGUUAAAUUAUUGUAUGUAUAAUAAUCUUAUUGCAGCUUUCCAGCUGUAGUCUAGUCUGAUGGUUGAUAUCAUUUGAAGCAUUAUUUUAUGCAGAUUUUCUUGGUUUUAAUCUGGAGUGGUUCCAUGCAGUUUUUAGUUAACCUGUCCACGUAGUAAACAUACGUAUGUAUCCAGAGCGCGCCAUUACCUUUGGUAGUGUGAUCUUAUUACUCUGGCAAUCUGCUCACUCCUGGAGGUCACACAAGCCCUCACAAGCAACAGCCAGCAGAACAUAGCUGUUGAUGUGCCCUGUGGGCAUCCAUUUACUUAUACUCUCAAACACAAAAUGUUUGAGGAAUCCAAAUUUUCACAUGAAACUAACACGCCAGGAUUCCCAUGUACAAAGUUGCAUGCAAACAAGUUUGAAAAUAAUGGAUAGAGAAUUUUGCACUGCUAAUAGUGGUACUGAAAGGAUGACAACUAUGUAUACUCAGAUUUGAAGUGAUGUGUGUUUAAGGGUUUCAUAAGGAUAUGUACUGAAUAUGUAACCUAUGCUGAAUGGUAUUGCCUAUCUGCAUUCUUAUGUACAUACAAAGUACAAUUCACAGUUAGAGGAUAAGUUGUAUUUAAAGAAGCGAGUUUCCUCAUUUCCCAGAGACUCAUGAAUAACUGGUCAAUCCCAUCCUCGUAUCCCCUGACACACUAGGGGCAGCUGUAGGUCUUGGCAUCCUGGCCGCCACCAAACUGCUGAUGCUCACAAGACCACAGGAGUCACACUUGACUGACAGACGCAUGACUGGAUGUCAGAUUCAUUGCUUGGUCACACCCUUCACACAGCAGGCAAAGAAAGUAGUGAAGAAUAGAUUAAUGAUCAAAAAACAGAUAAAAGAAUGUUCUAAAAGGAGAAGAAUGCUGAUCAAAUGACAGGCUACAUUGUUCUUGUCAGACUGCUGAGCUAAGGCACUAGACACCUUCACUAUGAUGAGCCACCUUAGUUGAGCACACACUGCACUUGUAAAAAGAUCAAAUUGUAUCAUUGAUCACCAGCAAAUACAAACAGGAUGUCAGUCCUGAGCCAACUGUGUAGGGUCAACACCUGCCAAUUGUUCCCUGAAAAUGGUGCAGGACCAACAAUCCAAUCUUUGGCAGGAAUUGGUAAAGCAAAUGAACAGACUGAAGAUUAGUUUUGAUUAGUGUUCUGACCUUGGAACACCUCUUGCUCCAUAACUGCUGCUGCCACCUGUUGGAGUUUAAAAGAAAAAAUAUGCAAUUAGAUUAUGAUACGUAACCAAAGGUUGCUACAGUUAUUAGUUACUACACAGGACUGAGGAAUGUGUCCAUGCAGUUACUGCUUUUAGGUUUACAUUAAAGAGAGCACUUGAUCUACAUUUGUCAUGGAAUUUUUAAAUGAAGCUUCCUAACUUUGGAAGUAAGGUAUCUUUUAUAAGGUGCUGCCCAAAGUUAACUGAUAUUGAAAUAUAUUUGCUCAUGAUUACAUAAAGUAUCACUUAACUGUUGCAAUGUAUGGGAAUACUUACUUUCUUCUGUCUUUUUAGACUAUAGUGGGUGUGUGAGAGAGGAAAGGUUGUAGUCAAGCUGUGAGGCGAGUGGUGCCUCUCCAAACCAUUGUCAUGUAUGUCUCUCACUGAUGAAGGAACUGGCAUUCAAAGUUCUAUUUUCAUAAUAAUGGAUAAAUAUGUAUUUGUGUACCUUGACACACCCAGAAGGUCCACCUCAUACCCAUGCUGUGUAGGACAUACAAGUAAGUGGUGUAGAUGCAUAGGGACAUCAUGAGUGACUAAGCUGGGACUCCAGUUUGAGGCAGAGAAUGCAUAAAUUUAAGCAUCUCGAAAGAAAACACUUAAAAAAGUAACAGGCCAGGGCAAGGGACUUAUCAGGUGGACCUCACGUCUCACAUUAUGAGUGAAUGCUUCUGUGUAACUUACUGUCACAUGCAUCCCUAUAGAAGGGCAGACACAAUAAAGCUGCUAAAAUUUC